GACAGGAGGGAUCCUCACCCAGUCUAAGCUCUGCACUAGUACACCGCUUUCACUCCGCCGACCUGCCGUCUCCGGGUAAAGUUAACGGCCACUUUGCUCUCCGUCUGAAGGCUGGAUUUCAGGCGGUCGCUUUGGUGCUUCAACGACGACUUCCAUAAAGACUUACAGCGGAGUGACGAGAGGAAAGGCAGUACAGUCCUCGCAGCAGUCCGUCUCAGCUGGUCUCAGCCUCUACAGUCUCAGCUGCAGUCGGAGCAGGAGAUGCCCACGCCCCCAUGUCAGACUGCAAACCAACCGCUUUGUGAAGGCUGCCAGUUAGUGCAGAAGCAGGCACCAUGUCCACCCCCACAAACCCAGAGGUGAAGGAACUGAGCCCUGUCGACUUUAUCCAGCUACAGCAGUACAUUGAAUACUGCAGCUUGAAGGUGAAAGACGUGCUGAGGGAAUUUGAUGCAGAUGGCAGUCUGGCCCGGCACAGACAUGGAGAGUGCAUUGACGAAGAAGGCUUUGGUCUGUUUUUGAAGACGUAUUUAGAAGUGGAGGACUUCCCUGUGGAUCUCUGCCAGAGACUCUUCCGCUCCUUCCAAAACUCUGAACCCACCCAGGAAGACAGUGCCAAGGAGGUCUUUCUGAAGGAUGUUUCGUGUUACUUCUCCCUGUUGGAGGAUGGCCAGCCCAGGGACAAGCUGGAGUUCGCUUUCAAGCUCUAUGACAGGGAUGGCAACGGAGUCCUCGACAGCUCUGAAGUGGAUAGGAUUAUUGCACAGAUGAUGCACGCUGCAGAAUACCUUGGAUGGGAUGUGUCAGAGCUGAGACCGGUUCUGAAGGACAUGAUGACAGCAAUCGAUGCUGACAGCAGCGGCACCGUGUCUCUAGAGGAGUGGGUGGAGGGGGGCAUGAACAACGUCCCUUUGCUGGUCUUAUUGGGUCUAAAGAUGACCCAGAAGGACGGGCAGCAUCUUUGGAGGAUGAAACAUUUCAACAAGCCUGUUUACUGUAAUGUGUGUCAGAGCAUGCUGCUGGGUCUGAGGAAGCAGGGACUCUGCUGCACCUGCUGUAAAUACACAGUCCACGGACGCUGUGCCAACAGGAACCCGGCACCCUGCACCAAGACGUAUGUGAAGUCAAAGAAAGAAAUAGGGGUUCCAGCGCACGACUGGGUGAGUGGGAACUGUGACUCGAGGUGUGAUAAGUGCCAGAAGAAGAUCAAAAGCUACCAAGGCUUAACGGGGAAACACUGUGUGUGGUGCCACACGAUGCGUCACGACGAAUGUGCCGAACAAGAGCCAACAGAGUGUACCUGUGGGCUGCACAGAGACCAUAUCCUGCCUCCAUGGGCGAUAUAUCCUGUCAUAAAGGAAAGACCAAACAAUGUAAAGAAUGGCUGCUCAAGCUCGGCUGAUGACAGUGAGCUCAAUACCACUCCUGACGGACAAGUGCUUCAGAUCAGCCCUGUGCCAAACACUCAUCCUCUCCUCGUGUUUGUCAACCCGAAAAGUGGAGGCAAGCAGGGAGAGAGAGUCCUGCAUAAAUUUCAGUAUUUACUGAAUCCACGGCAGGUUUACAACCUCUCCAAUGGUGGACCUGGACCAGGACUGAGUUUCUUCAGAAAUCUGCAGGAUUACAGGAUCUUAGUGUGCGGGGGAGAUGGCACAGUUGGCUGGAUUCUUGACGCAAUAGACAAAGCCAGUCUUCUGGUCCGGCCACCUGUCGCUGUGCUUCCUCUUGGCACAGGAAAUGACCUUGCUCGAUGUCUGCGAUGGGGAGGAGGUUACGAUGGUGAAGAUUUGAAUCGAAUCCUCAAAGACAUCGAGGGGAGCUCUCAGGUGCUGAUGGACCGCUGGAGUGUGCAGGUCAUCACAGACGAGAACCAGGAGAAGGGCGACCCAGUGCCGUAUGAAAUCAUCAACAACUACUUCUCCAUUGGGGUGGAUGCCUCCAUUGCUCAUCGGUUUCACACAAUGCGGGAGAAACAUCCCCAGAAAUUCAACAGCAGAAUGAAGAACAAGCUGUGGUACUUUGAAUUUGCAACUUCAGAAACCAUCUCUGCUUCCUGCAAGAAACUGAACGAAAGUCUAACUAUUGAGUGUUGUGGAACACCUCUGGAUCUCAGCGGCUUGUCUCUGGAGGGAGUUGCUGUCUUAAACAUUCCCAGCAUGCAUGGUGGCUCCAACCUGUGGGGUGAGACCAAAAAAGGGGACACGAAGGGACUGACAAGUCCAGAAGAGCCUGAAGUGAUCGUUGAUCCAGAAAUCCUGAAAGUGACCUCCCAAGAUCUGAGUGACCGUCGAUUAGAGGUGGUCGGGCUUGAAGGAGCCAUGGAGAUGGGACAGAUCUACACAGGUCUGAAGAGCGCUGUGAGGCUGGCCAAGACAUCACAGAUCACCAUCAGGACGAAGAAAGCUUUACCGAUGCAGAUAGAUGGAGAGCCGUGGAUGCAGCCUCCCUGCACAAUUCAAAUUACACACAAGAACCAAGCCUGUAUGUUGAUGGCUCCUCAGGCCAAAUCAUCUGGGUUUUUCAAGUAAACCAUCUGCUCAGAAGCAGCCACAUGCACUCUAGUUUAUUGUACAUAGAGGACUGACACUUUCCCUGCAUGUAUGUUAACAUGUAACCCAAGCAUAGCUCUGUAUGAGUAGAUACGUCUGCAUCGUGGCAAAAAUGACCAAACUAACUUUAUGUUUUUAUUAAUACUCAACACUCCUCGCUGCCUCUGUCUUCUGCUUCACAGUUAGUGGAAAUGUCGCUCUGUAGGAACUUAAAGUGGGUUAAAGUAAAGUGAAUAUCACGCUUAAAGACGAAUAUUCAGCUUCAUGUGCCUUUAAAAUCUGUUCUUUGGCUGUUGCUUAAGUAGAGGGCUUACAGAGCGCUGUGUAGGCAUGCACUUCUGACUUAAACCAUGUAGUAUUGUUGUUUUGUUGUGGCUUUAAAGGACGAUUUAAGUUCCUGUCCGUCUGAAACCAGAAACGAAGGAUUAGUAAUAAUAUUACAUUUCAGAUUGUGGCUAAAGCAAUUUUACCUUUUUCAUACAUUUCAGAUGAUACUUGAAAGUGUUUUUGAGGAGCAGUAAUAGGACAAUCAUUGCCAAAAGGAGCUGCAUGUUGAUGUGAUGCAGCAGGCCUCAUCUACUGUUCAGUGCGUGUGUGUGAGUGUGUGUUUGAAUGUGUGUGUGAGAGAAGAUAAAGCUGUUCUUUGUUUGUGUGCAAAGCUGAGAAAUGUACACUUCUAACUUAUAAAUAGGGUAUACAUCAUAUUUGAAUUUAUGCGUUCAGGUUAAAUGUAUGUAGUUCUCUUAAUGCUUCAAUGGUCAUAUCAUUUAAAUGUAUGUGGAAGAUGUUCAUGUAAUAUGCCUGAAAUAAUACACUGAAAUUUUAAUAAAUUAUCUUGACCUUA